UGGCGGAAAAGCGGCAAAUGGUAUUCGUCAUUAGAAAAUUUUACCAUGAAAAAAAGUGAAAAUGGAUCGAAUUAUAAAUUCUAACACAGAAAAGCAGACAAUUUAUGAGAUAUAUCGAGCAUGUCGUCUUUGCGGUGCCGGGGCUGGCUACAAAAUGCCGAUAAUUCAAAAUGUUGUGGAUUUGGAUGCUAGUGGUAUUGAAUUGACUCAGAAAAUACGGGAUUGCGUGCAAAUUGAGGUGCACCCAGAUGACAAGAUGCCUCCGCUAAUCUGUGAACUCUGCGUAGACAAAGUAAACGAUUUCUACGAGUUUGUCGAGCUCUGCCAACGCACAAAUAAACGCACGCGGAUGAGGCUAGGCUUGCCACCGCAGAAUCCAUCACGAGUACCGAGUUCCGACGCAUCUUCAAACUCAGGCGACUGUAUCUUAGGAGUGACGGAGCCGGUGUACCAGAAUGAUGACUCAGACGAACCGCUGGCACCUGUCACGAGGCGGAGCAAGCAGCCUGAGGUUAAAAAAGUCAAGAAGGUGGUAUCCUCGAAGCAGAAGAGGCCUCCGACGCCGCCGCGAAGCUCGCGGGCCAAAGGCUCCAGCGAGGACACAAUCUCACUUAGCAGUCUCAAGCAGCAACAAGCAAAAAAGUCUUCAGUGAAAGUGGAAACGCCUCAACCAAAGUCAAUACUGAAGAAAAGUAAAGAGAGAGAAAUUGAAAAGCCUAAAGUCAAGGUGAAGAGAGAAGAUACUCCGCCGCCUGUGAGGUCAAAAAGGUCGCGCGAGGCUGCGAAACCAGAAGUGCCACAGAAAAAAGUCAAGUUGUCAGUGCCAGUCAAGCCACCAGAGUUCGCUUGUGUUGUGUGCGCGAUGUCUCUACGCAGCAGUCAGGCGCUCACAAGUCAUGUGAGAUGUCACACUGUCCAGUACACAAACCCCGAGCUAGCAUGUAACGCGUGCUCCGAAUGGUUCAGCUCGCCGGAAGAAACUCUCAACCAUCACACGCAACACCGCGUCAAACACCGGCCCUACCGCUGCCGCCGCUGCCGGGGCCGGUACAGCAGCGCGCAGAGAUAUACAGAACACAUCGCAACCUCCAAGUGUGUGCCCUGGCCAGAGGUUCCGGACAAGAAGUGCCCGUCUUGCUGGCGACUGUUCCCCACGAGCAACUUGCUACGGCUCCACCAUUGUGGCGGCGAGGACAACAGGCCUGGCGGUAAAUGUAGCAACUGCAAGCGUGUGUACAGUCUUCUAAAGAAUCAAAAGAAACACGAGGCCAUUUGCAUGUCUAAAAAGAAAGGCUCAAGUGAAAUAAAGGUUGACCCGGACGUCAAGGCGAGAAUCAAACCGGUGCAAGUGCGGAUAUCCCGAUGCGACGGUCUUCUGGAAACGCAAAACGACGUGUCUCGCGUACCUAAGAACUACGGCCUCGACAGGCGCUGUGUCUACCCCUACCUGUCAACUGUCAAGUCCCAACUGUGUCUUGACAGUAUGGUCAGCAUUAAGACUGAACUGGACGAUAUAGAAGACGAGGAAUUUAUUCACUGGGAUAGCAGUUCUGACAGCGAAGGAAAAACUACAGUGGAUUCAUUAACAACAUUAUCUUUGAAGAAGAUAUUUUCUAAAAAAUGUCUUGGGAAAGUCGCUAGGAAGCGCAGAAAGGUGAAGUUAGAGUUUGAAGGCACUAUGAAGAGAGAUAUAGAAAAUAUUAUUAAUAAUUUCGAUAACGAAGACAGUUGGGAUAACGGCAAUAAUGGGUCUGAUGAAGAAUCCUUGUUGACUAAUUACGUGCCGUUUGAUGAAACGGUUUCUAAUAUGAAAGCAGAUGUAGAGGAUUCUAAUGAUAGUCAGUCGAUUUUAGACCUUAACGCGGGGGCUAAAAACGAUGAAAAUAGCAAAACAGAGGCAAGUGAUACAGUGGGAGUAGAUAAGAAUAGUGACGAAAGUGGAAUAGAAACUGAUGAAAAUAUUAAUAAAGAAGGUUUGAACAGUAGAGAAAGACUAGACAAGGACAGCGAAGAAAGUGCGAGAAAGACAGAAGAUAAAACUAACGAGGAUGUUAGUACAGAAGAUGGUUUAAGUAAUAGAGUGAGUGAUAAGGACAGUGAAUGUGGGACAGAGACGGCUGAUAAAGUCAAUUCUGAAUUAGAAAAUUCAGAGAAGGAUGUUACCGAAAUCUCUAGAGUAAGUGUUAUUCGUGAAAAUAAUGACAGUAGAAGUAAUGAUGUAGAUACAGAUAGUACAGGAAUAAGCAAUGACAAUGAUGCAAAAACAGAAAACAAUACUGAGGUCUCUAAUGACGAUAGUAGAGAAAGCAAUAAUGAUAAGUCUAAUAAUGAUAAUAGAACAGAACCUAUUGCGGAUUUUAACCAUGUAGAUAGCGUUGAAAAUAAGCCUGAAGAACGUACAAAUACUGAUAAUGUUGAUUUGGAUAACGAAAACAGUAAUAAUGACUGUAAAGACGUUAUUAAUAAUAGAAAUAAUAGCUCUACUGUAGAUACUAAGAAUGAUAAUAGCAUGGAAGAUGAUACUAAUGAUUCUACUCUAAAUAAUGAUAGUGGAAAUACAAAUAAUGAUCAAGAAAAUACAAAUGAUUAUGAAAAUACAAAUAAUGACAAUGAAAAUACAAAUAAUGAUCAUGAAAACACAAAUAAUGACCAUGAAAAUACAAAUAAUGCUCAUGAAAACACAAUUAAUGAUCAUGAAAACACAAUUAAUGAUCAUGAAAACACAAAUAAUGAUAAUGAAAGAAUUAGCGACACAAUUUCGGCGAAAACGACGAAUGGGGAAGUCGAAGAAAAAUCAGAUAAACUUAGUUUUGGUGAUAUGAAUGACAUUAGUGAUACAGAAGUAGAUGAUAAAAAGCUCAUGGAUGAUUUAAACGAACAUAUCGGUGAAGAUAACAAAAACAAUGAUGAAUCCAAUGAAAAUAAUGAUUUCGAAUCACAAAACCAAAAUGGUGCUAAUAAUGAUGUCACAAAUGCCUGUGAGGACAGAGAAAAUUUAACAGAUCAUGAAAGAGCAAUCAAUGAUUUGAUUUCUGAAAAUAAUGAAAAGUCAAAUUACAAUCAUGUUGCUGACAGUAACGAUAAAGUUGCUGAGAAUAAUGAUGUUAAUGAUUAUGAAGCGGAUAAGAUUUCUUUGGAAGACCUCUUGCCGCCGAAGUCCGAUGCGAAAUCGAUGGAUUUAGAUAGCAUAUCGGAUGACGAAUUUGAUUUUGAUGCGUGUUAACCUAUCGCAGAAAAAA